AUGGUACUCGGCAGAUACGACACCGACGGCUCGUGCCACAGCCCGGAAGGCUGGGGCCCAGUCUCGCACCUCCGCAAGUUCGACCUGACGCCGUGCUUCGAGCAGGGCGUAGUCCUCCCCACGCUUCUCGUCAUCCUCCUCGCAGCUGGCUGUAUACAAGUCGGCCUCCUCCGCAAGGAGCCCGCGAAAGAACGCAAAAGCAGAAAGAACAGGUGGAUCCAACGAACUAAGGAGCUCGUCCUCGUGCUCGCAAUCGCCUGCGCUAUCUCCGGAGCAGUCAUCGCCCACGCUCUAGACAAGACCGUCGCCGUCACACAGACAACUAUACUCGAGCCUAUCGCUCUCGCUAUACUCCCUAUCGUUGCGCGCCUAAACCACUCCCAUGCUCGGCGACCAUCUACAACUAUACUGCUCUUCUGGCCGGCUUAUUACGCCUAUAAUAUCAUCUACACUCGCACCGCCAUAGACGUCGGACUACCGCAUCCACCCAUCACUCUCGCUCUCCGCUGGGCUACGGCCGGCUGUGGUCUUAUUGCGUGGGUCUUGGAACAGUUCGGUCCGGAGUACGCCGAAGAGCCCGAACGCGGUGACCAGGCCUUCGCAGAGCUCUACAAAGAGAAUCCCAUCGUCACCGCCAGCAUCUUCGACAUAUGGUUCUUUGGCUGGCUCUCUCCUCUCAUGCGUCUCGGUGCCAAGCGCCCGGUCACAGAGGCGGACUUGCCCGCUCUACUAGAGCAUGACGAAGCCGAGAGACUUGGAGAUAGGUUAGAGCAGCAGCUCAAGAGACACGGGGUGAUCAUUUCACUCUUCCGUGCGUACGGUGGACCCUAUGGCGGAGCAGCUAUCAUCAAGGUCAUACACGACGUACUUGCCUUCAUGCAACCGCAACUCCUACGACUCUUCCUCGCCUAUAUCGCAUCGUAUCAGGCAUACCAUGGCACACCAAGCAGUCCUACAAUCACUGAAGGCUUCGCUAUUGUGAUCCUCAUGUUUAUCGCGGCUAUCACCCAGUCUAUCAUGCAGCACCAGUACUUCCAACGCUGUUACGAGACAGGCAUGCGCGUUCGCGCCGGUCUUGUCUCCGCCAUCUACAGGAAAGCGCUUCUACUCUCGAACGAUAGCCGUAGCCAAAGUACUGGCGACAUCGUCAACCUGAUGUCUGUCGACGCCACUCGCCUUCAGGAUGUCUGCACCUACGGUCUCAUCGCCAUCUCGGGUCCUUGGCAAAUCACGCUCGCCUUCAUAUCACUCUACAACCUGCUCGGCUGGUCCGCCUUCGUCGGCGUCGCCAUCAUGCUUCUUUCAAUCCCGCUGAACACUUUCGUUGCUCGGUUCCUGAAGAAGAUGCAAGAGCAGCAAAUGAAGAACCGCGAUGAGCGUACACGGCUCAUGAGCGAGUUGCUCUCCAAUGUACGGAGUAUCAAGCUUUACGCCUGGGAGCAUGCUUUCUUGCGCAAGAUCCUGCAUGUGCGGAACGAGAAGGAGUUGAAGCUUUUGCGGAAGAUUGCUAUUUUCAACAGCUUGAACAGCACGCUGUGGAUCACGAUUCCCAUCCUCGUCGGGUUUGCCAGUUUCGCCACUGCUGCAGCGGUGUACCCGUACCCGCUUACGAGCGACGUCAUCUUCCCGGCCCUGUCGCUGUUCAUGCUGCUGCAGUUCCCACUUGCUAUGUUCGCAAACGUUGUGACCAACCUCGUCGAAGCCUGGGUCUCUGCCAAACGCCUCACCAAGUUCUUCAACUCCUCCGAGCUUCAACCCGAUGCGCGGCAGGUCGAAGUCCCGUCCAUCGUCGAAGACGGGGCCACAGUACUCUCCAUCGAAGACGGCGAAUUCGCGUGGUCAUCCGAUGCUCCGACGCCGACGCUCGAGGGCAUCUCGCUUUCCCUGCGCAAAGGCGAGCUUAUGGGCGUGUUCGGACGUGUCGGCGCGGGCAAGACCUCGUUAGCGAGCGCCAUCAUCGGCGAUAUGUACCGCCGGGAGGGCACCGUGUACGUUGGAGGAACGAUCGCAUAUGCAGGGCAGAACCCAUGGAUUAUGAGCGCAACAGUGCGGGAUAACAUCUUAUUCUCGCAUGAGUACGAUGAGACGUUCUAUAACCUCGUUCUGGAUGCGUGCGCUCUAAGGCCGGACUUGGCGCUCAUGCCGCAGGGAGAUCAGACGGAGGUCGGCGAAAAGGGCAUCACAAUGAGUGGCGGGCAGCGUGCGCGACUCUCGCUUGCGCGGGCGGUGUACGCUCGUGCGGACUUAACACUUCUCGACGACGUGCUGGCGGCCGUCGACUCCCACGUUGCCCGCCAUGUAUUCAACCAGGUCAUCGGCCCACGCGGUAUACUUGCGUCCAAAGCACGCAUCCUCAUCACCAACAGCGUUGCAUUCGCGCAGCACUUUGACCAGGUCGUCUACCUCCGACGCGGGAUCAUCGUCGAACAAGGCCCAUACACCAAACUCGCCGCCAACCCCGAAGGCGAACUCUUCAAGCUCUUACACGGCCAUGGCCAAGCCGGAAGUUCUUCCUCUGCCGGUGCAACCGCCGUACCAACGCCUACGGAGUCCGUAACGCCCCCCUCGGAGGAAACAAUAGCGGAGGAGAAGCUCGACGAAGAGAAGCUGGCCGAGAAACUGCAACGUCGCGGAUCCUUCGCGCGGGCAAAAGUCGCCGCGUUACCCGCGCCCUCGCAGUCCUCGUCCGCCUCGCAGGGUCUGAGCCAGGAAGUCUCGCAACAGGGCCGCGUGUCGAAGCGCGUGUACUGGCGGUACAUCCAGGCUGCAUCGAAGUACGGCUUCGCGAUGUUCGUCGUGUCGAUGUUGCUGCAGCAGGUGUGCUCGGUGUUGGCGAACGUUGCAUUGAAGACAUGGGGCGAGGGGAAUCGAUCAGCUGGAAACAACAAGGAUGCGCUUGGGUACCUUUGGGUGUACGGCGUCCUUAGCUUGAGCUCUGCGAUCUUGAGCGGAGCGAGCGCUGUGCUUAUUUGGGUGCUUUGCUCGUUGAGGAGCUCGAAGAACUUACACGAUUCGAUGUUGAACGCUGUUAUGCGUGCACCUCUCACUUUCUUUGAGAUCACACCGACCGGACGUAUCAUGAACCUAUUCUCGCGCGACACUUACGUCGUCGACCAAGCCCUAGCACGCGUCAUCUCAAUGCUCUUCCGCACCAUCGCAACCGUCUCCGGUAUCGUAGUGGUCAUCACGGCCUCCUUCCCGCUCUUCCUGGUCGCCAUCCCACCUCUCGCUUGGUUCUACAGCAAAGUCACAACCUACUACCUCGCCACCUCUCGCGAGCUCCAACGGCUGAACGCCGUCUCGCGCUCGCCGCUCUUCAGCUGGUUCUCUGAAUCACUCAACGGCUUAAGCACAAUCCGCGCCUUUGGGAUGCAGAACGUCUUCGAGGGCAUCAACGCACGCAGGAUCGACAGGAAUCAAGUGUGCUAUCUGCCUAGCACCAGCGUGAACCGCUGGCUCGCUCUCCGUCUCGAGUUCGUCGGCGCAUCCAUCAUCCUCCUUGCGAGUUCUUUGGCGAUGGUUAGUCUCAUCACGAGCACUGUCGACGCGGGGUUGGUCGGUCUCGUCAUCAGCUACGCGCUCAAUACUACGAGCUCGCUGAACUGGCUUGUCCGUGCUGCGAGCGAGGUCGAGCAGAACAUUGUCAGCGUGGAGAGGAUGUUGCAGUAUAUCGAGCUGGAUCCUGAGGCGCCGUAUGAGGUUCCGGAGACGAAGCCGGCGGAAGAGUGGCCUUCUGAGGGUGUUGUGGAGUUCAAGAACUAUUCGCUGCGAUACAGGCCUGAGCUUGACCUUGUCCUCAAGGAUAUCUCGCUGAAGUUUAGACCAGCUGAGAAGAUCGGUAUUUGCGGUAGGACGGGUGCGGGCAAGUCUUCGUUGCUCCUCGCACUAUUCCGGGUCUUAGAGCCCGCCGCGGGCACGAUCUACAUUGACGGUGUAGACAUCACUACAAUCGGGUUACAUGACUUGCGCUCCGCUAUCUCCAUUGUUCCGCAGUCGCCGGACUUGUUCGAAGGAACCGUGCGGGAGAACAUCGACCCCGUAGGCGAGCACAGCGACGCGGACAUCUGGGUCGCGCUCGAGCAGGCGCACUUGAAGGAGUUCGUCGAGGGACUCCCUGGCGCUCUCGAUGCGCGCGUGCAAGAGGGUGGCUCCAGUUUGAGCGCGGGUCAACGGCAGCUUGUGUGCUUCGCCCGUGCUUUACUGCGCAAAACAAAGAUCUUGGUGCUCGACGAGGCUACGUCUGCUGUAGACUUACAGACAGACCGUGCCAUCCAGGAUAUCAUUCGAGGCCCGCAAUUCGCGGGCGUUACACUUCUGACUAUCGCGCACCGCUUGAACACGAUCAUCGAUUCAGAUCGGGUCCUCGUGCUCUCCGAAGGCAAGGUUCUGGAGUUCGACGAGCCGCAGACGCUGCUGGCCCGUCCGGAGAGUGCUUUCAGAUGGGAGGAUGACGCGCGCGAAACCCCGGAUUAUUCUGCCCUUGUGUUCUUGGCGACGACCCCGGUCCACUUUGACAAGGCCCUGGUCCGGAAGGAAAAAUCGCGCGCGCGGACGCACCCACGCAGCCAGGGCUUCCUUGACCCGUUACCUCCACUAUCUACCGACGAACUAAUGGCUGGCAGAGGGUCACCCACCGCUGCACCCGCUCGCGAUGACCUGCAGCUGUCCGAGCUCAAGCGGCACGACUUUGCCGCCAGCUCCUCGCGGGAAAACGUGGUGCGGACCGAUAGCCGGCUGACGCCAGGUAGUGGCGACGUCGACAGUCUAUCCGACACAGCUACGGACACGGACGACGAGUUUGACUGGGACGCCGAGGACGAGGAGACGAAGAGCGGGCACCACCCGCGCGCGGGCGCCAAAGCUAAGCGCGGGCGGCGCCUCUACCUGCUCUUCAUGAAGCUCAGCCGGCCCGUCCGGACCUUCAUCGUCGGCAUCCUCGGCGGCGGGCUCUGCAUCGCACCCUUCCUCAUCGUCCACUUCCGCUUCAGGAAUAACUCGGCGUUUGGCCAUGUUCGCGCCUGGUCAAUCUGGGCUACGGCUAUCUGGGUCACCAGCUGUGUCACUUUCCUGCUCGUUGAUCUCGUCCCGCGUCUGUUCAUCGGCAUUCUGAGUCUGUCUGGCAUGUCUAUCGAGCGUUUACGAACGCAGGUCGAGCUCCUCGCGGCGGUCGGACCGUGGCUCAAGCUCGUCCUCGACAUUUCCUGGGCAUGGAUCUCCCUUGGUAUCAUCCGUUCGAUCCUGCAUCCUCCCGGAAACUACUGGCCCGAACUCAACCGCGUUAUGACGGCCUUCUUCGCCGCCGGAAUUAUCAUCUUUGCUGAGAAAGUCGCGCUUCAUUUCGUGGCCAUCAACUUCCACGAGCGUGCCCUAUCUGAGCGUCUCGCGGAGAACAGGCUAGGCUUGAAGGCGCUCGAUCGUCUCUCCAACGCCGAACCCGCGCGUCCGAAGAAGAACCCCUACAGCAAGAAAGGUCACACGACAAAGACGAGCUCCUUCGGCGGCUCCGCGUUCUUCGGCGCCAACCGCAACGCAGAGGCCAGCGGCUCCAACUCGCCCUCUCCCGUCGGCGAGAAACCGGAAGCCGGGAAGAAGGGCGGAAGGGUCAGCAAGGCGAAGCGCAAGAAGGCGAUCGCCGCCGUCGUUGUGGAUCAGAUCGGGGACGCCAUCGGUCAGGUCGCGCUCAAGGACUCGCGCUGGAACAGGCAGCAGGAACUCGGUGAUCUCGUUUCGGCUCGUAAGCUCGCGCAGAAGCUCUUCGAUGCGCUCAGCGACGUCUACCCGCCUCGCUCGCACUUGAUCGUCGAGGACUUCUACCCUUACUUCCACACGACGGCCGAGGCACACGCCGCAUUCGCUCUCUUCGACAAGGACGGGAACGGCGAUAUUAGCAAGCGCGAGAUGCGCGAGGCUGUCCAGCGUAUCUACCGCGAGCGCAAAGUGCUCAACGCAUCGCUCAAGGACGUCGGAAGCAUCGUUGCCAAGCUCGACUACACCAUGCUCUUCUGCGCGCUCUGCAUCAUCAUCUUCAUCUGGCUGCUCGUUCUCAACCCGAGCAACACGCUCGCAUCGCUCCUGCCCGUCGCCACCAUCAUCCUCGGUUUCUCAUUCGUGUUCGGCAACUCGGCGCAGAAGCUCUUCGAAUCGCUCAUCUUCAUCUUCUCGACGCAUGUUUAUGAUGUCGGAGAUCUCGUAUUGAUUGAUGACAACCCGAUGUUCGUCAAGGAGUUCGGUCUCUUCUCCACGACAUUCCGCCGAGUCGACGGCCAAGAGAUCGUCGCGCCUAACUCGCUUCUUUCCUCCUCUAAACUCGUACACAACCUCCGCCGUAGCAACUCGAUGUGGGAGACGACCGAGAUCCAGAUCAGCUACGACACGCCGCUCGAGGUCAUCGAGAAGCUCCGCCAGAGUCUGUCGAACUACAUCCAGGAGAACUCGCGCGAGUGGUCCAAUACGAACAUGAACAUCGAUACGAUUCAAAACCAGAACGUCAUCCACUUGGUCAUUGGUGUCGAGCAUCGCAAGAAUUGGCAGGACUGGGGUGCCCGCUGGGCGCGUCGUCACCAGUUCAUGAAGUACCUCAAGCAAGUUCUCGAAGAGCUCGAGAUCAGCUACCAAAACCCCGUUCAACCCGUCCUCCUGCCCUCCAACGGUCCUAUGCCGAUGCCUCAUCGCGGUGGAGGUCAGAGCCCACCAGGCUCGCCUUCGCACCUCUCCGCGCCAUCUGGGUUGCGCCGUGUACCAAGCUCGGGAUCUGCGUACGCGCAGUUCCAGGGCUCCGAGCACAUGCGUCGCGCGCCUGGUGUGCAGCUACACGACGAGCAAGAUAGCUCGUUCAAUUCGGGCAAGACGGCUGUUAUGAUGUAG